AGCCAGAUUGAGCAGAAGCGCUUCCGGCAGUCUGGGACCACUAAUCCGAAAGCCAGUCUUCCGGGCCUGGCACGACCCUCGCCUCGGGCCUUUCCGAGUCGUAUAGUCGCGCAGCUCAGCUCCUGCGAAGCGGCAGUGAAUAGUGCCUCCGUCCAGGUCCAGACCUCCUCGUCUCCCGGCUGCUCCGGGCAUCAGGAGACCCCAGGAUCCUGUGAUUGGCGCCUGUGCCUGCUGACCGUGACCGAGGAGCCCCGAGGGACCUGGACGUUCCUUGAGCUUGGUCGGGGAUCUGGCUGUGGUCUUUGUCUUCUUCCAUAAUGUGUGGCAUUUGGUAAACAUUUGUUCAACUUGAAGAGACAUAUGGGCAAUGAAUCUGGAAAGGGAGAAUAUCUUUGGUCCUACAGCGUUGCUGAUACUGACAUUUUCUAAGUCGUGUUAAACAGCCUACUUUUUAUGUCAAUAACUGGCCAGACUUCAUAUUUUUCACCACAGAAGCCUAUAACCUAGAGAUUUAAGAACCCUGCUUUCAGUUAUCACUACAUUUAACGUGAAAGUUCUUUCUUAUUCCAAAAUGUUGAGAUACUGGGGAGAGAUACCAAUCUCAUCAAGCCAGACCAACAGGAGUUCCUUUGAUUUGCUCCCACGGGAGUUCCGUCUUGUGGAAGUCCAUGACCCACCCCUGCAUCAACCCUCAGCCAAUAAGCCCAAGCCCCCCACUAUGCUGGACAUCCCCUCAGAGCCAUGCAGCCUCACCAUCCAUACCAUUCAGCUGAUCCAGCACAACCGACGUCUGCGCAACCUCAUUGCCACAGCUCAGGCCCAGAGUCAGCAGCAGACAGAAGGUGUAAAGACUGAAGAGAAUGAACCUCUUCCCUCUUGCCCUGGGUCACCUCCUCUUCCUGAUGACCUUCUGCCUUUAGACUGUAAGAAUCCCAAUGCACCAUUCCAGAUUCGGCACAGUGAUCCAGAGAGUGACUUCUACCGUGGGAAGGGGGAACCUGUGACGGAACUCAGCUGGCACUCCUGUCGGCAGCUCCUUUACCAGGCAGUGGCCACAAUCCUGGCCCACGCAGGCUUUGAGUGUGCUAAUGAAAGUGUCCUGGAGACCCUCACUGAUGUGGCACACGAGUACUGCCUUAAAUUCACCAAGUUGCUGCGCUUCGCUGUGGAUCGGGAGGCCCGGCUGGGGCAGACUCCUUUCCCUGACGUUAUGGAGCAAGUAUUCCAUGAAGUGGGCAUUGGCAGUGUGCUCUCCCUCCAGAAGUUCUGGCAGCACCGCAUCAAGGACUAUCACAGUUACAUGCUACAGAUUAGUAAGCAACUAUCUGAGGAGUAUGAAAGGAUUGUCAAUCCUGAGAAGGCCACAGAGGACACUAAACCUGUAAAGAUCAAGGAAGAACCUGUAAGUGACAUCACCUUCCCCAUCAGUGAGGAGCUGGAGGCUGACCUUACUUCUGGAGACCAGUCACUGCCCAUGGGAGUCCUCGGGGCUCAGAGUGAGCGCUUCCCAUCUAACCUGGAGGUCGAGGCUUCGCCACAGGCUUCAAGCACGGAGGUAAAUGCUUCCCCUCUUUGGAAUCUGGCCCAUGUGAAAAUGGAGCCUCAAGAGAGUGAAGAAGGCAACGUCUCUGGGCAUGGUGUGCUGGGCAGUGAUGUCUUCGAGGAGCCCAUGUCCGGGAUGAGUGAAGCUGGAAUCCCCCAGAGCCCCGAUGACUCAGACAGCAGCUAUGGUUCCCACUCCACUGAUAGCCUCAUGGGGUCCUCCCCUGUUUUCAACCAGCGUUGCAAGAAGAGGAUGAGGAAAAUAUAAAAGGAAAAGGGGAGAUGUUCUGUCCAGAUCCAUAAGACCCAACAGAAAACCUUGAUGUAUUCAAAUAUUUCCAUAAAAGGUGAUUUGACUCUUACUCUCAACCACAGAGCAAUUUCUGGAUUUCAGUGGAGAUGGAUUUAACGAAACAAGUUUGCAUUUUACUUUUACAUCCAGUUUUGUAGUUUUCCACAACGAAGCCAUCUUUUACAGACCGUUCAUGACACUGGGAUGAUAAUCAGGAGACAGAGCACUGUCCCUGUCAUCCUUACCAUUGCACAGCUAAGAAGUACAUACUGGUUGGCCCUGUACUGCACGGAUAUUGUACAGAUUGUUACCAGACCUCCAAGCUGUGCUUGCAAAGACUCACAAGUAAAUAUAUGCUGAUAUAUCAGUUUUUUCACUGAACUUGCUUCACUUUGGGGUCGAAUCAGUGGGAACCCGGUACUAAAACCUAACAGAAAAUAGCUAAUCCCCUUUUUAGUGGUCUUUUUUGAACAGUUUUUGCUGCCCAUGAGGUCUCCUGAACCCAGGGGUGUGUGGUGCUUCUUUGGCAGCCAUGUUUCAUCCACAUUGCUUUUUUUUUUUUUCCUUUAGAGAAAAAAAAAAUUUUUAACAUUUAUUUAUUAUUGAGAGACAGAGAAAGAUAGAGCAUGAGUAUGGAAGGGGCAGAGAGAGGGAGAGACACAGAAUCCAAAGCAGGCUCCAGGCUCCAAGCUGUCAGCACAGAGCCCAACACAGGGCUCGAACUCACAAACCACAAGAUCAUGACCCAACCCAAAGCCAGAUGCUCAACCGACUGAGCCACCCAGGUACCCCUCCUUUUUCCUUUUAAUCUCUGCCCCCAAAAUGGGGCUCGAACUCACGACCCCAAGAUCACGGGUCGCAUGCUCUACCAAAAGCAGGCACCCUUCUCCUUCUUUAGACUUACUCCAUCUACCUCAUCCUUUUUUUGUCAUUUUCUCAUUUCCAUGCAGCUUUUAAAAAUAUUUCACCAUGUACUUUUCAGUUGUUUUCUUAUCUUUAUUGGGAAUGAAGUAAACAUGACCUGUCCAAGGACAGACUUGCACGGAUUCCAUUUGUUGCAUCUACUUGGCCAUCAGAGGACAGUCCUUCCUUUGCCAGAAUUCCACAUCUGCAUUGUGUUGCUACUGGACGUGCAGCCUCCAAAAUAACAA